AUGUCUAUUACAAUUAGUGGUGCUAAACAAUUUUUAGAAGUUUUUCAAGAGAAUCAUAAAUCUAUGUAUGUGAACUUUAAGUUUGGUAAUGAUGAUCCUAAAUUCAGAGAACAAAAUGAUUAUUUUGAAAAGAUAGCUGAUAAAUAUUAUAAUUCUGAAAAAUUUGAUGGAAAAAUUGAUUUAUAUAAAUUAAACCUUAAUGAAUUUCAUGACAUAGAAGAAGUUAAGGUUUUACUUAGAAAAGAACGUUUUGAACUAUAUUAUUCUGCAUUUAUUGGUUAUUAUUAUAAUGGAAGUUUGUGUGGUUUUGUUAGAACAGAUCAAAAAAAACAAGUUGAAGAUUUUUUGGAAGAUGUUGAUAAUGAUUAUUAG